AUGAUAAAUUUAGAAGAAGUUAGAAGCUUUAUAGCCACACACAAUGCCAAAACGUAAAAACAAUAUAGAGUCGCCUUACAAUUACACAGCUCAAUUUCAGAUUUAUCAAUCACUGUAUCAGACGCUUUAAGAGAAGCAUUCCCAGAAGUAAAAUUCGCCAUAAUCGGAGACAGCCCUUUUUCUUCAUGCUGCACAGAUUACAUUUCAGCCAAACACAUGCCAGCCCAAGGAAUCAUCCACAUAGGCCACUCCUGCUCAACUGAGUCUUCAAUCCCAGUUUUAGUUCUGCCAGAGCCAAUGUCCCCUAAUUUCCAAGCUUUAAGGGAAAAUAUCCACACAUUCCCAAAUAAAAUUUUCCUAGUUUUAAGCCAUCCAAAUGAUGCUAUUGAGCAAGAAGCAGCUCAAAUAAUCCGCCAGGCUGAAAAAGAAGUCACAAAUAGCAGAGAUGAAGCUGACGGAAUUUUAUUUAUAGGAAAUGGAUACUCAAUACCCUGCUUAAUCCAAAAAGCUGAGCAGGACAUUUGGACUUUGACUAAUUCUUCAUUGACUCGUCACAACUCGUACUCUUUUAUUUCAAUGAGAUAUCACUAUGUAAGCAUAGUCCAAGACGCAACGAUUUUUGGACUCUUGAUUCUCUCUCUGCCUUACUACAACUCAAUUUCUGCGAAAAUCAAAGCUUUGUUGAGAAAAAACAAAAAAGAGGCGUAUCCGAUUUACCUAGGAAAAAUCACACCUUUAAAGCUGGGGAAUUUUUCAGAUAUUGAUAUGUUUGUGCUUAUAGGCUGCCCCCAUACCCCUCUUCCUGACAACCGUGAAUUCUUUAAGCCUGUAAUCACUCCAUUUGAGCUUGAAGUCGGGUUAAACCACAACUGGGACGGAAGCUACUCUACAAAAUUCGAAGGAGACUAUGAAACCGAGCACAUUCCUCUAUCUUCUACCGAAAACGCAGAAAGAUUCUCUAGAAGAUCUUUCAAAGGACUGACCCCAGAAGUAGAAGGAGUCAAAGAAAUCGAAGAAGGCUAUAAAGGGAUCGCAAUGUGCUAUGAGAAUGAAAUAGCUAAAUAA